GAGCGGCUGACGUCCCCACUACUCACAGCGGCCGGGCUCGGCGCCCGCCGCGCCCGCCUCCCUCUACACCCGGUAACGCCGAGCACGCCGCGCCGGCGCCGGCGGCCGGUGCUAAUGUAACCACGACAACUCGGGCCAAAACAGACAUGGCCUCAUUCAAAGACUGGUUGACUGUGACAUGGGCUCAGAGCGGGAUGCACCUGCAGCCGGACGGCGCCGCAGACGACGACGCCGCUGUCAGGGGACGGUACGGCCGCGCGGGCAGCCUGGCCGUGACGCCGGGCGAGAAGAUUCUGGAGCUGCUGCGUCCGAGCGGCGACGCGCCACGCCGACACUCCACCGCCGCGUGCGCGCCCCCCGCCCGCACCUUCGUCUACUGCCCCUCCGACGCCCUGCCCUACUGCCCGCCGUCGAGAUACGCGCCGCCGAGACAGCAAGUUAAGUUGCCGACACCUCAGACACAGAAACCGCCGCCGCAGCCGCCGCCGGUGCCGCAGCGGACCGCACCCGUGGUGGUGCCACCACCGCUGCCGGUGCCCCCGCCGGCUCCACCGCGACGCACGUCGCCGCAGCCGCCUCGCCGGGCCCCACCCCCAACACCACCCCGACCUACUCAGACAGACAACAACGGCAACCGCCGGGCCAACGUCCCUCCGCCUCUACAGAACCCGCAAAAGCUCGACUGCAACAGGAACCCGCAGCCGCAGCCGCCGGUGCCGCGCCGGCCGCCGCAGAAGGCGCCCGAGACGCCCGCGUUCCAGCCGGCGCCGCCGCCGCCGCAGAUGAAACGCUCCCCCAGCUCGGGGUCCAACAUCAGCGUGCGGCAGGACUCAAACGUGUCAUCGGACUCCUUCAGCCAGACGUCGUCGCCGUCCUACACCACGAAGACGAUGGAGGCGCCGCUGCUGCCACACCAACAUGUCAACAAGAGCCUCAACGCGAAGAUCGCGAGAGGGCUGCUGCUGAAGGAGCAGAAGGAGCGAGAAUCAGGCCACUCCGCCAUCACCAAGAGCAUGUCCACGCCCGCGUCGCUGCAGACCAUCGUCCGCCUGCAGAACGGCAGCAAUAUGUCGCUACACCACCGGAUGUUACGCGACAUGCGCGGCGCGGGCGACUCCUCCGCGCUGCGAUUCCGGCUGCUGCAGCUGGGCCUCAACGCGCUCAUCCUGCUCGCCAUCACCGGCGCCCUCUUCGCCUACUUCCGCGCCAACCCCGCUGUCCAGUACGUGUCGCAAGUGGUGAACCGGUCGCUUGUGGUGACGUGGCCGGCACCCACGGAGCCGCCCGACCGGAACCCCGCACCCGGCGUCUGCUUGCCGGUGAUCGUCAGCUUCUGCCGGCAGCACCGCAUCUCCUACAACUAUACCAUCUUUCCCAACUACAUCGGACACUUCGGGCAGAGGGAUGCGCAGCAGGACCUGGACAUCUAUGAGGCGGUGGUGGACGUGCGGUGCUAUGAACUUACCGCGCUGUUCCUGUGCUCGCUGUUCGUGCCGAAGUGCGGCCCGCUGGGGCACAUGGUGCGGCCCUGCAGGGGACUGUGCCAAGAAACGAUGAGAAGAUGUGGCUUCUUCUUGGAAGUAUUUGGCUUGUCGAUGCCAGACUAUCUGCAGUGCGAGAUCUUCCCAGAAUCCACCGAUACAGAUGUGUGCCUAGGCCAUAAAGAAGUCAAAGAGGCUAAAAUCAGAGCUUCAAAGCCAAUGUGUCCCACCGGGUUCCAAUGCGACAUAAACCGCUGCAUACCCCACGACUGGCGGUGCGACGGCCACGUGGACUGCGCCGACCGCUCCGACGAGCUCAACUGUCGCGUGUGCAAGCGUGGCGGCGAUGUCCACUGCGGCAACCAGCGCUGCAUCUCCCAAGCACAUCUUUGCGACGGCAAGCUGGACUGCCCCUGGGGACAAGACGAGAGGAACUGCCUGCGUCUAAGCGAAGCCAACGGCGACGUCGGCCGCGGGGAGCUGCAGGUGUACCGCGCCGCCAACCAGUCCUGGUUCCCCGCCUGCAUCAGCCACGCGCUCGACGAUACCACCGCGCACAAGCUCUGCGCCAUGCUGGGAUACUCAUCUGUAAACCGGAGCGCGGUUGUGGGCGGCGGUCGCACCCCCGGGUCUGCGCCGGUGCGCGGCGUGGCGCAGUCCUACCGCGCCUUCCAACGGAGCGAGGGCGGACUGCUGCGAGAGCUGCGGGAUUGUCGCCACUCCAGCGCGCGCCUGCAUCUCGUAUGUCAGAACUACGAGUGCGGCAAGCGGCGUGUGAUAGGAGGGGGGCAGAAGCGGAUAGUCGGGGGGGUGGAGGCGUCGCCGGGGGACUGGCCCUUCCUCGCCGCCAUCUUGGGGGGGCCCGAGGAGGUGUUCUACUGCGCGGGAGUGCUAGUCGCUGAUCAGUGGGUGCUGACGGCUUCGCAUUGUGUGGGCAACCACUCCGACGUGAACGGCUGGACGAUCCAGCUGGGCAUCACGCGACGUCGCUCGCACGCGUACUACGGGCAGAAGGUGAAGGUGCGUCGCGUCGUGCCGCAUCCCAACUACAACGUCGGCGUCGCGCACGACAACGACGUCGCACUUUUCCAGCUGGCAGUGCGAGUACGAUACCACGAGCAGCUGUCGCCGGUGUGUCUGCCGCCGGCGCGCCGCGCGCUGCUGCCCGGCACGCUCUGCACCGUCAUCGGCUGGGGCAAGCGCGACGACAAAGACAUGUCGGAGUACGAGGCGGCGGUAAACGAGGUGGAGGUGCCGGUGCUUCAUCGUGAGGUGUGCAACCAGUGGCUCGAACACCGCGACCUCAACGUCACCGAGGGCAUGGUCUGUGCUGGAUACCCAGAAGGCGGGAAGGACGCCUGCCAGGGCGACUCCGGCGGGCCCCUGCUAUGCAAGGACCCUGACGACCCGGCGCGCUGGUACGUCGGGGGCAUCGUGUCGUGGGGCAUCAAGUGUGCCCACCCUCGCCUGCCCGGCGUAUACGCGUAUGUGCCCCACUACGUGCCCUGGAUACAGGCCCAGCUGCGCCUAUAUAGUGAUGACGACCGAUGAGCGGGUUGAAGAAAGUCGCGAACGUGAGUUGGACGUUCGCGGACUCGAGUCAGGCGUUCGUGGAUUCUAGUCGCUCGUUUGUUUACUUCGCUUUCGCGGACUCGAGUCGGGCGUUCACAGACUUGAGUUUAGCGUUCGCGAACACGACUCGCAAACUAGUCAAAUUGAUAACUUAGAGGUUUUUAUAAGAGAAAUUUAUUGGUGUACCACCGGACGAUGACAAUAACGUGUUUUAUGGACUUUAUAUUAUAAGGUAACUUCGACAAUAAUACGACACUUUAUAAUGUUUUUACUGUACGAUGACAAUUAUUAUAUACGAAAAUACUGUAUGAGAAUCGUGACAAAACUACUUAUAAUCGUAGUGAGGAAUAAAAUAGUUUCGUUGCGAUAUAGUCUGGCUGACGAGCAUAUCACUCGCCUCCGUGAUAUGGAACUGUGAUAUGUGGCUGCCGGAAGCCGAAAGUCGGAGGCCGAUUGUCCGGCGCCGGAAGCCGGACGUCGGUGCCGGAAGCCGGACGUCGGUGCCGGAAGCCGGACGUCGGAGGGCGGGCGCUGGACGCUUCAAAGUUCUACUUUUUACAACUUUGAACGUAACUUAGCGUAUUUCUCGGGAGGUUUUUAGCGGUGUAUACAGAUGUACUAUAAGGCGCUUAUGACUAACUGUAGGGUAGAGUCGGGAGCUUAGAUACUUUGGUCCUUCGAUCCCUUGAUAUUUCGUUUUCGACCUUACGUAGUGACCUUAGGGUGUAUAUUUAUUUGAUGUUUGGUGUUAGAUUAAUAGCGAGAAGUGCUUUUAUAGAUGUAUACUUUCUGAAUGUCGUUCAGGCGAGGCCCCAGCCGCGGUCUAGUUCUUCCAUGGGACAAUAACUCAUCACCCGCUUUUAGUGUAGACGUUUUGAUAUCGUUUUAUAGCGGUUAUUUUUUAGCUCGGGCCUUUAUCCAAGUUGCCAUCGCAUGAGCAUCGGUAUGCUCUUGAUCCGGUUCGUUUUAAGCGACUUCAAAAAAAGAGGUUAUCAAUUCGACGCGUGUGUAUGUAA